GACGCAAACUAUCGGACGCGCCCAGUUUCCAACACCACAUUCCUAGGACAAAGAACGAAAAUGAACCGCUUAGGAGUAGUCUGUUUUUUGGCAAUCCUGUACAUUUCAGGAACCUACGGUCUUAAAUGCAAGAAGUGCGAGCAAACGACCAACUUUAACACUCCAAAUUUAGCUGAAUGUAAAGCCGCCGCGACGGAAGAUUUGUGCGUGAGUCCUAACACAAAAUGCGGUGCAGUAGUUGACGCAACUAACUCGAAGACAGUAUUCGGAUGCUUCACGCCUGCCAAAUGUAGCGACGCAACGCUCUGCUGCGGUAGUGAUGAUUGUAAUCAGGCGAUUACUGGCGGGAAUGUCCUUCCAACGACAGCCGCCGCGACCACAGCAGCUUCCCCAUCUGCUGGAACCGGGACGACGGCGGCGGCGGCUGCUGCUGCAACAACAGCCAAGACUGGUGGAGCUGCCACCCCUGCUGUCAGCCUGGGUGUGCUUGUCUUAGUGACAUUGAUCGCGGCUUCCAAAGUGUUCUAGAUAUGAGUUCCCCCGUUCAUGAUGGUUCCUCCUGUUCUACACGAUGUCGCUCCAGAAAAGACUCACAUUAUCCAAUUACUACAAAAAAAUGUUUUUUGAAUUCGUAAAAAUCCAUGUUUUACAAAGAUGAAAAUACGAUCAAUCGAAUAGAUUACUUUAAGGGGGACAAUAGGUAGAAGCUAGGGAGACGAAUUGGUGGUUUUCGGGUGACCUUUCUGCACAUCAGCAAUAAACAUAUUCCUCGUACAAGCACGAAUAUUUUCGAUGUGAUAGGAGAUAUCCCGAUUGGUAAGUUCGUAAAACCUUAUCUGGCCUACCUGGCUCGUGCAUAUAGUUUCCCUUUAAAUUAAAAAUUAAAGAAAAUAUGUAUGUAUCUGAUUUAAAAAGUACAUGGCGUCUUAAAAGGGCUUGAGAAUUCUGGUCAUAUUGGGUCAACUGGUUCAUCUGGUCGUCUGCUGAAAUAUUCUCGGCGUGUGGUUGUUUAUAGAAGAACAACAGGCUGGAGUCAAGGGUCAAGCUUGAGUCGUCGUUGAAUCAUCCUCGUACUAAUUGGAUGUGCUGUUGGGGAGACCCGUAUUGGCGGCUUGUGUAACCUUGCUCUUGGCUCUUAUGGACUGAUCCCUAUCAGUUUUAGUCAUUGGGGACUGAGGUGUUGGUCCCACAGUGGAGGAAAAAUUGGUAUUUCGGCUAGAUCAUCAGAUAAGCCAGAUAUGAAGUUGCUUGAUACUCUGUGGAAAUGGGACGAACCUGACAAUUUGAAUAAAAACUGCUUUAAACUUAGCUGAAUUGCUCACUGCAAGUGUGGAAAGAAGUAGUAGAAAUAUUUGUCUUCCUCUCCGUCCUGUUUCUCACAAUUUACACUCCCAAGCUAGUGGUUAUGAUCACACAAAGACAUUUCCUCUCUUUGGAAUUGUGAUUACCCAGUAUUUCGGAAACCAUGCACUUUGGGUGGGGUGUAACUAUAACCACUCUGAAGUUUGGUAGAGUUAGAGGCGACAAUCAAUAUUUUGUUAUAGUGCAAUUCAAUUACUGCAAUAUCAGCCAGGCUCCGUCACGACUUGCAGUACGUGGAUUUCUUUCCAGUAGAUAUCAUUACAGAUGCGUCGUUCUAGCCUUCUUAUAGUUGGUCAUGACGGCUCCUGGUCUAUACUACAGUACAACCGCCCAUUUAAAGUAUUCAAUUUUUACCAACACUUUAACAUUCCAUUGUCUUUCAACAAGCAUGCAACCGGGUUUUAUCUUCAACAAGCCCUUUCCUACCCCACAUUGAAUUUGAAAUUAAAUAUAUAUUAGACAUUUUUACCAUGAUUGAGUGGCAAUCUUUUCUGAUUCAUGAUAGAAUAAAACCACCCCUGCGUAUAAAACAAAACUCGAACGCCCAUAAUCGGUUACUUUGAAGAUAAGAAGCCGAGAUAUUGUUCUUAUUCACUUUGUUUUUAACUAAGAGUACAUGAAUGUUGGGUUUAUAUAUAUUUUUAUUCUAUAUUCUAUUUGUGCAUAAUUUAUUAAUGCAUGCAAAGAUUAUCGUGGGAUAAUGAAAGUCGACCUGCUACAAGCUCAUUGUCUAGUUAAAAGCGCAUUAUGACCGUCUCGUGUCAAUUUCGCAGAGUAGUCGAAGCCGGCGUAGAAGUUUGAAGAGUCCUAGGAUAUUAUGUCCGGGGAACAAAUGAUUCGAUUAUGCACUAUUGACAGUCAUGGCGUUUGAGGACCAAAGAACUAUAAUCCGUUAGAAUACAAAAGGCCGCCUGGGACACUUUUUCCAGGAAAAUAAUUAAAUUAGAUUAAAUUAACCUGUAAUCGCAACGCUCACAACUUACAAUUGCGAAUCACGAAUUCUUUGUAAUCGAACAGAUUACAUGCACGAAUACAAAGAAUUCGUCUUCGUUAGUCCAGAGUCUCAAAUAGACAAAAAUCGGGAUUUAUGCAUCUUGACCCUCAAUGUAUUGACGUUGCUCAGCUUCCAGACAACGCGCGUAUGAGCGGAGGCUACGGAGGCUCAGUAUGAAGUUAUGCGGAAUCUCACUACCCGGGCCUCACUGUUUAACAGGGAUGUUUCAUUUCACUGGAGGCUGGUCCUUUCUUAUCACACGAUAUUAAUUGCAACUUUCUUUCUGGCGUCCUUGGCGCAGUGAUACAUAUGACCUGACGUCAAAGCGCGAUGGCCCGUAGUUGUUAAAAAUCCUCGCUGUGGCAGGAGGUGAAUUACAGUGGAGGUUCCAUGAUUGUUAUAUGACAUAAGGACCUUAUGUACAAUCUGCUCCAAAUAAUGUUUUGACAUCGAUAAACCAGUUACUCGAUUUUUACUGCAUUAACGUCCAUCUUGUUAUCAUUUGGGAACAUUAAAGAAGAUUUUAUUAAAUACUUGGUUAUCAUCAAAUAGCUUGAACAUUCUUGUCGAAGUUGCUUUAAAUUGUUUUUCGGACACCCCGUGUUAAUAUGUAGUACUGCUAUUAUGUUAGGCAAUAUUUGGCACAGAGUGUAAUGUAUACAUGUAAUUCAACCUUGCUCAUGGCGAUCUUAUAUGUACAUGUAAUUCGAAAGACUGAAUAAAAAUCAUCACAUUCAA